AUCUUCCAACACUAAAAAAAGCUUUUGGCCUUCGCUUCCUCGUUCUCUCUUUUCUGAGUAGGGUUGCAGCAGAUAAACGCCACCACUCACUUCUCUCUCUCUCUCUCUCUCUCUCUCUCUCUCCAGUGACCUAAAGACCUUGACUAAGCUACCGAACCUCUGUGUCUUUGUGUAUUUAUACAUCUACUUUCUAUCUCAAGAAGUGUCUAAUCUGCAAGACACAAUGGGCGCUUCGCUACCUCCCAAGGAGGCCAACCUGUUCAAGCUAAUCGUCAAAUCUUAUGAAACAAAACAGUAUAAAAAGGGGCUGAAGGCUGCAGAUGCUAUAUUGAAGAAGUUCCCAGAUCAUGGAGAAACUCUUUCGAUGAAAGGAUUAACAUUGAAUUGUAUGGACCGAAAGUCAGAAGCAUAUGAGCUAGUUCGAUUGGGUUUAAAGAAUGACUUGAAAAGCCAUGUUUGCUGGCAUGUUUAUGGUCUUCUGUAUCGGUCAGACAGAGAGUAUAGGGAGGCAAUUAAAUGUUACAGAAAUGCUCUGAGGAUAGAUCCUGACAAUAUUGAAAUCUUGAGGGACCUAUCACUUCUACAGGCACAAAUGCGGGAUUUGUCAGUUUCUCAUCAUUUGAACUCAAAUGCUUCCAAAGCUAUUGAUAUUCUAGAAGCAUAUGAAGGGACUCUUGAGGAUGAUUAUCCUCCAGAUAAUGAACGUUGUGAGCAUGGUGAAAUGCUGUUAUAUAAGAUAUCUUUAUUGGAGGAAUGUGGAUUGAUUGAGAAAGCUCUUCAGGAGUUGCACAAGAAAGAAUUCAAGAUUGUUGAUAAGUUAUCCUACAAGGAAGAGGAGGUUUCUCUUCUUGUGAAGCUUAAUCGCUUUGAAGAAGGUGAAAAGUUGUAUAGAGUUCUCCUAUCAAUGAAUCCUGACAACUACAAAUACUAUGAAGGAUUGCAAAAGUGUGCUGGAUUACACUCAAAGAUUGGUCAAUAUUCAUCUGAAGAAAUUGAUCAGUUGGAUACAUUGUACAAAUCACUUGCUCAACAAUACACCUGGUCUUCUGCUGUUAAGAGGAUCCCCUUAGAUUUUCUUGAGGGUGUAAAAUUUCGUGAUGCAGCUGAUAACUAUGUUAGGCCUCUCCUAACAAAGGGUGUCCCUUCAUUGUUCUCUGACCUUUCUCCUCUAUAUAAUCAUCCUGGAAAGGCUGAUAUUCUUGAAAAAUUACUCCUUGAUAUCGAGGAAUCAAUUAAGAAAACUGGUGGAUACCCCGGAAGGUCAGAAAAAGAGCCACCCUCAACACUUAUGUGGACCAUGUUUUAUUUGGCUCAGCAUUAUGACAGGCGAGGUCUGUAUCAUAUUGCUCUUACUAAAAUCGAUGAAGCCAUGCAACACACUCCAACUGUUAUCGAUUUAUACUCUGUCAAGAGCAAGAUAUUAAAACAUGGUGGAGACUUCACAGCAGCUGCUGCUUUAGCAGAUGAAGCUAGAUGCAUGGAUCUUGCAGAUCGUUAUGUAAAUAGUCAAUGUGUCAAACGAAUGUUACAAGCUGAUCAGGUUCCACUUGCUGAAAAGACAGCUGUAUUGUUCACAAAAGAUGGAGAUCAGCACAAUAACCUUCAUGAUAUGCAGUGCAUGUGGUAUGAACUUGCUUCUGGAGAAAGUUAUUUGAGGCAGGGUGAUCUUGGACGUGCUUUGAAAAAAUUCUUGGGUGUAGAGAAACAUUAUGCAGAUAUUACAGAAGAUCAAUUUGAUUUUCAUUCUUAUUGUUUAAGAAAAAUGACUCUGCGUGCAUAUAUUGAAAUGUUAAGGUUUCAAGAUCGACUUCAUGCACAUAAUUACUUUAGGAAGGCAGCAGUUGGAGCUAUAAGAUGUUAUAUUAAGCUGUAUGAUUCUCCUUCAAAGUCAUCUACUGAAGAAGACGAUGAGCUGGCAAAACUACCUGCUUCUCAGAAAAAGAAACUGAGGCAAAAACAGAGGAAGGCUGAAGCACGAGCUAAGAAAGAGGCAGAAGUGAAAAGUGAGGAAGCAGUGGGUGGUGUUUCCAAGUCUGGGAAACGAAAUGUCAAGCCAGUUGAUCCAGAUCCACAUGGAGAGAAGCUAUUACAGACUGAAGAUCCAUUAAUGGAAGCUGGAAAGUAUCUAAAGCUGCUUCAAAAACAUUCAUCUGAUUCCUUGGAGACACAUUUGCUUUCUUUUGAAGUAAAUAUGAGAAAACAAAAGAUCUUGCUUGCGUUACAGGCCCUGAAGCAACUACAACGAUUAGAUGCUGGAAACCCGGACUCCCACCGAUGCUUGAUAAGAUUCUUCCAUAAAGUGGCAUCAAGGCCAGCUCCUGUCACUGAUGGUGAAAAACUGAUUUCCGGUGUCCUAGAAGCAGAGCGACCUACUUUCAGUCAGUUGCAUGACAAAUCUCUGAUGGAGGCAAAUACUAUUUUCCUCGAACAACAUAAAGAUUCCUUGAUGCACAGAUCAGCAGUUGCUGAGAUGAUUUACUGUUUAGAACCAAACAAGAAAGGAGAUGCGAUUAAAUUAAUACAAGAUUCACCCAAUAACCUUGUGUCUAGUAAUGGAUCUGUUAGAGAAUGGAAGCUUAAAGACUGUAUUGCAGUUCACAAAACAUUGGGGGCUAUUUUCAAUGAUCAUGAUGCUGCAUCGAGAUGGAAAAUCCGAUGUGCAGAGUACUUUCCGUACUCGACCUACUUCGAAGGUCGCCAUUGCUCUACUCUCACUGGAAACAGCGAUUCCAAACAUUCACAUGCCGAAAAUGGAUCGAUUCAAUUCCUUCCAUCAAAUGGAAAAGUUUGGAGAGAAAAUGGCACCUCAUACAACCAGUUAAAGUAUUUGAUGUCUUUUUAG